AGGCAUAAUUGGUAUGCAUUUGACACUUAAUUUAAAUAAAAUGUCUUUCAUUUUGGUAUAAACUUGUAAUAAUCACCUGAAAUGUUAAUCAAAACUAACCGCUGAAUACAAGACGAUAAAUAAGAAAAAAAAUUAAUGAACAGAUUAUUAGGAGAAAGAGAGAGAGAGAGAGAGUGGACCCGAAAAUUUAAUUCAUUUUGUUAACCAAUAAUUUUUGAGAGAAAAAACUAAAGUAAAAUUGUUUUGAAAAUUACAAAUUCUUAACAUUAAACAAAAUUUAUUAUGAAAAUGACAUAUCAGUGCAAUAUUUGAAUUAAUAAUAAUAAUUAUUAUUAUUAACAAUUUGACAUAAAAUUGUUUAUCAAAAAAUCACAAGACAAUGGACAGCGUUAAUGUCAAUACAAAUCCUCUGUUGCCCUUACUAUGGGCGAGCAAAUUGGGUGCCGCGGCUGCCGGUGUGCGACCGCCAAACAGCACGAGUGGCGGUGCGUUUCAGUGGCCGGCCGUCAAUGACUUUCCAAUGGCCGCCACCACACCAUUCAAACUGUUAGCAAACAAUACUAGUGAACAACAAAAUUCAAACCAAAGUCAAACAAAUGCUUUACUUAAUGGAAAGCUAUCGCUAUAUUCUGAACCAAACGAUGACAAUAAGCUAUCAUAUCUUCAGAGAAUCACUUCAUCUUCAGAAACGGGAAUGAAUGGUGAUUUGUCAGACCGAGAGGACAGUCGGUCGAGCAUUGAUUCGGCCGAUUUGGGUCACGACGACGAUAACAGCCUAGACUCAGACAAAGCGCUUAAUUUGGCCAUGGAUGACGAGCCGAUAGACGCGACCGUAGGUUUAGUUCACAAUAACAUUCAAUUCAAUAGCAAGAACUCAAUGAUAGCCAACGGAAACAUGAUUUCAAAGUUGGUAUCAAAUCGGACACAAAAUAAGAGCUUCAAUGAUAGAAAUACCACAAAUAAUGGAUUAAAUGGUGGAACUGGUGGACAGUCUAAUGCCCCACAAUUGUCACCGACGACAUUUGCGACAGCGGCCGCAGCUCUGGCCACUGCCGCCGCCGCUAAUGGCAUGUCUGUUAAUCAACUUCUUUCACAGUUGAUGGCACAGGCAGGUCAGCAACAAUUGCUAUUACAGGCCGGCUUAGCUCAACAGUUACACCAGGCAUCCAAACUACCGGUGACCAAUUCAAUAGCUGGACUCAGUUCACAAAAUACAGACUUACAGCAUCUUCAACAACAACUACAACAACAACAGCAACAAAAUCUACAGAAUAUUCAGCCUUUACUUCUAUUGCAACAACAGAGCCAAUUGGGACAGUUGGGUCAAUUGGGACAGUUAGGCCAAUUGCCUUCUAAUUUACAACAACUUCAGGCACAGCUAUUACUUCAAAAUCAAGGAUUACUACAUCAAGGAUUGUUUCAGCAAAGUUUGCACAGUUUGGCCAGUGGUCAGGGAGUACUGCCACAAGUGGCCGCUGCGGCCGCCGCACAACAGUUACAACAAUUACAAGAAUCACAACAACAACACCAACAACAACAGCAACAACAAGUGCUGCAUAACGUAAGCUCACAAUCACACCAACACAUCAAUGCCAACAACCAGUCCUCACAACAACAACAACAACCGCAUACCACUACCAACUCAUCGGCGAUCAGUGCUAACCAACAACAGAGUCAACAAUCGCAACAACAACAACAACAACAGUCAUCACAUCAACAGUCGAGUGGUGGACAACAAUCACAGGUGACAUCAAACCACUCUCAACACCACAACAACAGCAAUCAUUCACAACAGACUCACGCCAUUCACAACAAAAUUAGUACAAACAUUGCUAUUAAUAGUGUCAAUACUAAUAGUAAUACUAAUAAUAUUACAAAUAAUACAAACACCUCAUCAUUACUUAACGCAAUUCCGCCGCUAAAAGCAGUGGCCACUCGACCAACGGAUCCCAAUCCCGAUGAGAUGACAGACUUGGAAGAGUUGGAACAGUUCGCCAAAACAUUUAAACAAAGAAGGAUUAAGUUAGGCUUCACUCAGGGAGACGUUGGUCUAGCAAUGGGUAAACUGUAUGGCAAUGACUUUAGUCAGACAACAAUAUCACGUUUCGAGGCAUUGAAUCUAAGUUUCAAAAACAUGUGUAAAUUGAAACCAUUGCUCCAGAGAUGGCUGGAAGACGCCGACGCUUCGCUCAAUAACCCGACGGCACUUAAUAGUGCACAUUCGACGCCCGAUUCGCUGAGUGGUCGACGCCGUAAAAAGAGGACGAGUAUCGAGACGUGUACCCGAGUGUCACUGGAGAGGGCGUUCUUGCAGAACCCGAAGCCCACUUCCGAGGAGAUAACAAUGUUAGGUAAUUCAUUAGGAAUGGAGAAGGAAGUGGUGAGAGUUUGGUUUUGUAAUAGACGUCAAAAGGAGAAGCGGAUUAAUCCCCCGCCAUCAGGACUAGGCUCUGAAUCCCCGGUCGACUCACCCAUUAAUCCAUUGUCGUUGGCGUUUACAUCGGUGCCCACAAACUUGACGACUACCUCAUCGUUCAACUUCUCUACCGCCUCAUCGACCGGUUCAUUGGCGCCGCACAACUCUAACGGCAUACCUAUGCUGCCUCCAAGUCCCGAAAGUCGUUCCCCAUUAACACCCGCCUCCUCCUAUUCUGCCAACUCUAACGGUUCAAACUCAUUGAGUCCCAGUAUUGGUGGUGGAGGUGGAGGUGGAGGUGGUAUGUCAUUAACACAACAAACCAUUCCAUUGAUUGUAAAGUCUGAACGCGAAUGAAGACAAACACAAAGUUAGUUAUCCGGUGAUUAUGUAAUGUCUUUAUAAUUAUGAUUUAUCUAUAAAAAUGACUGUAAUAUAUAAAUAUAUAAAUCAUGUGU